AUGCACAAGCACAAAGUCAAGCCAGGUGCGCCCACGUUUAACACACUCCUCAAGCUUUACGCCCGCGCCGGUAAAUUCGACCACGCUCUGGCCAUCUACGAGGAAAUGCAGCAGACAGUCGAGCCAUCUAUUGUCACGUUCAACACCAUGAUUGAUGGGUGCGCGCACCGCGGGGACAUGGAGCAAGCUGUAAAGUUCUUCGAUGAAAUGAUAGAACGAGGGAUGAAUCCGGAUAUUUGCACUAUGACGUCUCUCUUGAAAGGUUUUGGGCGGGCCCGAGACCCGCAGAGAGCAGUCCAGCUAUACGAAGCCAUGAAGCAAGGCGGUUAUCAAAUCGAGGAGAGGACCAGGUAUGCUGUGAUCAAUGCCUGCUUACGCGGUAACGAUCGGGAAAAUGCGCGACGUUUGAUGCGUGAAAUGCUUGAGACCGGUCUCACUAUUCGUGCGCGAACGUGGAUAUGGAUGCUGGAAAGCGAUAUAUGGGCCGACGAUGACGGGGGUCGCGCUGGCGGCCGCGCGGCGGGGGCGGCGGCGAUUGUCGGCGGGGCGUUGCGGCAAAGUGUUUGUCUGCAAAUAAUGUACACGUAG